CACUCGCUAUGCCCCUUUGGAAGGAGCUCGCUAUGACAGGGCAGAGCCUCAAGGCUUUGUCGGAGGCUAAUUUUGAGGACAAUGAGAUCAGCAUCAACGUCGGAGGCUUUAAGAAAAAGAUGAGGUCCAACACGUUGCUGAGAUUCCCUGAGACCAGGCUGGGCAAACUGCUGAGCUGCCACUCCAAGGAGUCCAUCCUGGAGCUCUGCGAUGACUACGACGACACCAAGAAUGAAUUUUAUUUCGACAGGAACCCCGAGCUCUUCCCUUACGUGCUGCAUUUUUACAACACAGGGAAGCUCCAUGUGAUGGGUGAACUCUGUGUGUUUUCUUUCAGCCAGGAGAUCGAGUACUGGGGAAUCAAUGAAUUCUUUAUAGACUCGUGCUGCAGCUACAGCUACCAUGGGAGGAAAAUGGAGCCAGACCAGGAGAAAUGGGAAGAACAAAGUGACCAGGAAAGUACCACGUCAUCUUUUGAUGAGAUUUUGGCUUUCUACAACGAUGCCUCUAAAUUUGACAGGCAACCCUUUGGAAAUGUCAGGAGGCAGCUCUGGCUUGCCUUGGAUAACCCUGGUUACUCAGUGCUAAGCCGAAUCUUCAGUGUCCUUUCCAUAGUGGUGGUGCUGGGCUCCAUCGUGACCAUGUGCCUGAACAGCCUCCCAGACUUUCAGAUCGUGGACAGCAAUGGGAACCCCGAGGAAGACCCUCGGUUUGAAAUCGUGGAACACUUUGGUAUUGCAUGGUUCACUUUUGAACUGGUGGCGAGAUUUGCAGUAGCUCCUGACUUUUUAAAGUUUUUCAAGCAUGCCCUGAAUCUCAUUGACCUCAUGUCUAUCCUUCCCUUUUAUAUUACCUUAAUUGUCAACUUGGUGGUGGAAAGUAGUCCAACCUUAGCAAAUUUAGGUAGGGUGGCACAAGUCCUGAGGCUCAUGAGGAUCUUUCGCAUCUUAAAGCUUGCUAGACACUCAACAGGUCUCAGGUCUCUUGGAGCCACCUUGAAAUACAGCUACAGAGAGGUAGGGCUUCUUUUGCUUUACCUCUCUGUUGGCAUCUCCAUUUUUUCAGUAGUGGCUUACACYAUUGAAAAGGAAGAUAACGAGGGCUUAGCCACCAUCCCUGCUUGCUGGUGGUGGGCCACAGUCAGCAUGACCACAGUUGGCUAUGGAGAUGUGGUACCAGGGAGCACUGCUGGCAAGUUGACGGCCUCUGCAUGCAUCCUAGCCGGCAUCCUAGUGGUAGUGCUCCCUAUUACACUCAUCUUCAAUAAGUUCUCGCACUUCUAUAGGCGUCAGAAGCAGUUAGAGAGUGCUAUGAGGAGCUGUGAUUUUGGUGAUGGCAUGAAGGAGGYUCCAUCAGUCAACUUAAGGGACUACUAUGCCUAUAAAGUGAAGUCCCUCAUGGCCAGUCUUACCAAUAUGAGCCGGAGCAGCCCGAGUGAACUGAGCCUGAAUGAUUCACUGCAUUAGCCUACGAGUUUGACAGCAGUUUGCAUGAGAGCUUUCAAGAGCUGUGUUUAUAAAUGUUUUCCUCUUUGUCAUCCUUUUUGUUUCUCCUAGAGGAUAGUGUUGCUGACACUGCACUAACUUUGCACUUGAAAACCUAAUGAAAUUUGUAUUACAAGUGGAGAAUUUGCACAUUGUCAUCCUGUUGCAUAGGUACUAAAUGCUGACUUUUUUCGUACAGCUGUUACCAUGUUCAUAACAGUGCUGGCAGUAUGGUGUAAUUUGGUACUUUGUACAUUUGCCACAGAAAUCCUCAUUUGAAAGGGGAAAGGAACUUGACCAAAUGGAAUAAAAGUUCUCAGCUGUGAAAUGAAUAAUGAACAAACCAGCCAUCACCUACGCUGGUAGCUCAAGACCAUCUCAAGUCAGGUGUAUGACCUGCAAUGUACUUUAACACAGGACACUGCUGCAGCUUUCGGAAACACCUGUGAAUCACUAACAUGGGAGCAGACAUCCCCACUGUUCUGACUGGUAAUUCUUAUCAUGAAAUGUCCAUAAAUACCUCUGAGCUUCACAUUUCAUGGAAACUUGCUGAUUCUCGUGCCAAUGUCUUAAAAAUGGGAUGUUCUUUUGAAAUGGUACAGAGAGUGGUGUUUUUUGGAAGUUCUUAAGCAUAGACAUAACUCUGUAUCCCAGAUAGGUCCAUACUGAGCAUUUUGGAGAAGGUUGCUGCYCAGUUCCAGGUAGCUACAUAUUCAAAGACUGCAUUUCCACAAGUGGCUUUAGCUAUGGAGGCCCCUGAAAACAUCUUAGGCUUCCAAUUGCAGAGGUUGUGAGCAUGUAGUUUAGUUCCAGUGAAGCUAAAGAUACUCAGCUCAUCAAAAUGGGUCUGAGAUUAGGCACACAACUAUGUAGGUUUUCAAUCAUUAGAAGCACCAUUGGAAAACUUGGAUUGGUUUAGUGAAGAGAAAUAUUCCCACAUGAACAGCACAGGCAGCAUUUUAGGAACUGACAUUCAUAUACUGCAAAAAGACUAAUUAUAAAGAUGCCAUAUGUGAUCCUGAGAUAUAAAAGCUAAUUUUAUCAGGAAAGCUUGAAAACAGGUGUUGAGGGCAGACAAUUCCAUUAAGCUUUCUGCCAAGGAAACUCUAAGGGGGCGAAAAAAAAAAGUAAGUCAUAUUUUUACUCAGAACACUCAGAACAGAACUCACAACUUCCAACUAACAGAAAGUACCAGGGCCUAAGGAAAAAAACAGAUAAAGCACUUAAUACUCCACUUGCUCUUGGCAGAUCCUGCUCCUAGCUGCUUCAAGGACUUAGUCUAUUCAAACCCUCUCAAAAAAUGUGAGAGGGGAGAUCACCUGGGUUCUCAAGAGCAGCCGUGGGGCUGGGUGAAGGUAAAGGUCUGGGUUCAGUGAGCAGCCUUGUCCAUUAUGUAACUGUGCAGAUGUCAACCACACACAGCCAACAGGCAAACCCACCACCGUCCGUCCACCCUUUGUGUUGCUCAUGAUUUGUGUUAUAAAACAGACUACUGACACUCACUGAACAUGAUGGCUCUUUUUUUUUUUUUUUCCCAGUCAGUUUAUUCCAUAUAAUAUUCCUUUUUUUUUUUCGUUGUGAAAACCAGAGAGGUUGUUGAGGAAAUAGACUGUCCUGUAUGGAAGCGUAUGCUUACUUACCACAACUAAGAGUAGUACCUGAGUACAAAUAGCCCAACCAGCAGAAGAGAGCAGAUUUAGUACAAAUAGGUGUUUUCCUUUAUUAGUCUCCUAGAGGUUGUUGUCUGGCCUGUAUUUUUUGGUGUUUUAUUGGCUUCACUUGAAAACAGAAAAUUGAGCACCCAGGAUCAGGUUCCUCUCUGCCCAGUGACCUAUCACAGAACAUAAUCUGUGAAAUAACUUACACC